AUGGUCAUGGUCAUGCUCAUGGUGAAUUGUCCGGUUGGCGACGAGGACGCCGAUGAAGACCUCGUCGAAGGCAUCGUGUAGAGUGGUGAUGACGCUUGUUCGCCUUUUGCUUGACUUGGUCCGCCUCGACUCGAUUAAUGCGUUCGUCUGUGCUUCCGCGUCGUGCCGGCUCUUGAUAUUUAUCCCCAGUUAGGCACCAAACAAACCCCCAAAGAUAUGAGCCGCUCUCGUCUCCAAAUCUCCAACAGCACAGCACUUGUUCCUCGAUCCAGCCAAUAAUCGGCCAACAACUCAACCCAGAAAGCAGAUGAAAAUAAAAAUCCCCAGAGAUCGUCAAUCGCAGGCCACCAGCGCAUCAAUCAGCACAUUAGACAGAUGCACAGUCACAGCAAACGCAACCACCUGUCCCGGCGCGCCCCCAACAGAUAUACGAAUGGGAAUUCCUGUGUUGUCACCACUCAUCACAAUCACGCCCACUAACAUCCCGCCCUUCUUACACGCUUCCAUUUCUUAUUCUUCCGCCCAGGAUGCUACGCCGCCUUUUUGGUCCCCUUCCAGGCCCCCCCUUGCUCGUUUUCCUGCUUCACUGGAUUGCUUGCCCCCCAAAGACGCAUCCACAGGCGGCCUAAAGCUCUCUCUCUCCGCCUCUUCUCUCCCUCAUCUCCCGUUUCAGCUACCCGCUGGCAUGCACGUCACGUCACCUUUUUGUCUCGGCAAAUCGGGAUGCGGCAAUACCACGAUAGGUACUUUGCCUUGUACCAACACCUUCGGCAUCAUCGCCAUCAUCGCUUCACAGACCCCCUUUUCGCCUUCUAGAUUCCUUCCUCCCUCUCCUUAUUUUCCUUUUCCUCUCUGUUCCUUGCAUAUUCCUCUUUCUUACAAGCAAGUCUAUCCAUUGUCUCUUCCCAUCUUGCUUUCAGGGUACAAUAAGCAGCCGCUUUUCACCCACCCAGCUCGCUCACCUUCUCUUAUACCAUGCCGUACCCCCCAUAUCCAAAAUGCCACCCCCAAGUCACUCAAAUAUCCACUCAUGUCUCUCAACUCUCGCCGCCUCACAUGCCACUCUGCUUUCCCCGCAGUGCUGCAUCUUGCAAGUGCUCGCUGGCACACUCGAAAUCCCCCAGCCGCCGCUCACCCACUACGCCCGAGAUAUCUGAUGUCGUUUCCAUCUUAAUAGCCGUCAGAGCUCAAGUGUUGUUUAAAUUGAAAGAAG